GACAUCUGUUGCAAGGGGAUGACCGAGCGCAUUCAUAACAUCAAUCUCCACAACUUCAGCAAUUCUGUACUUGAGACCCUCAAUGAGCAGCGCAACCGCGGGCACUUCUGUGACGUGACUGUUCGGAUCCAUGGAAGCAUGCUGCGAGCCCACCGCUGCGUGCUGGCCGCUGGGAGCCCCUUCUUUCAGGACAAGCUUCUCCUGGGCUACAGUGACAUUGAGAUCCCCUCUGUGGUCUCGGUGCAGUCCAUCCAGAAGCUGAUAGACUUCAUGUACAGCGGGGUCUUGCGGGUGUCCCAAUCGGAGGCUCUCCAGAUCCUCACUGCUGCCAGCAUCCUGCAGAUCAAGACGGUCAUCGAUGAGUGCACCCGCAUCGUGUCCCAGAAUGUGGGCCUGGCCGGUCCAGGGGGGUUCCCUGUCAACCCAGGGGACUCUGGGCAGGAGACUCCCCGGGGCACGCCUGAGUCAGGCACCUCUGGGCCCAGCAGCGAUGCAGAGUCAGGGUACAUGCAGGCUACGUCCCAGCAGAGCCUUGAGCGUGCCUACACAUCGCUGUACUCCUACUCGGGCCUCUCACUGCAGAAUGGAACCCGUGAGCGCUCCCACUACGUAACCAGUAUGACAACAAGCUACGACCCAGCCCUCAGCACGCAGAAGGACCAGCACGACCAGGACCCGCCGUGGAUCACCCGCAUCCAUGAAAGGUCACAGCAGAUGGAACGCUUCCUAUCCACCCCUGAGACCACCCACUGCCGCAAGCAGCCCCGACCGGUACGCAUACAGACAGGAGGCAUGCACAUAAAGCAGGAAGUAGAGGAUGAGUACAGCUGCUAUGGUAUGGAUGAGUGCACAGAAGACACUGACCACGUUGAGGGUGUGGAGACUGAACCGAAGGGUGAAAGCUUUGACUCAGGGGUAAGCUCCUCCAUCGGUACUGAGCCAGACUCCGUGGACCAGCACCAGUACCCGGUGGGCUUUGGGAGGGAAGGGGGUGGAGAGGGGACCCCACUGCAGAUCGAGGUCGAUGACUCCUCCCCAGAGCAGAUUCAUGAGACGGAGGAAGGGGGUACAUCCCACAGCACUAGCGACAGUAACAUGUUGCAGCCCCUGCCCAACCCAAUCAUGGCCCAGUCUCUGCCAAGUGCCCUACUCUAUAUGCGUCAGGCCGAACCUCAUACCAGCAACCUGAGGAUGCCGCUCACCAUGACCAGCAACACCCAGGUAAUGGGCACGGCUGGCAACUCCUACCUGCCCACUCUGUUUGCCACACAGUCGGCCAGCAACAACAAGCCCUUCCUCUUCAGCCUGCAACAGUCCAUGGGAGGCCAGCAGCCCCAGUUUGUGUCCGGGCCACCCCCUAGUAUGCCCUCAUUCCCUCAGCAGUUGACGGUACAGCAGCAGGCAGCGCGGGAACAGCAGCAGGCGGCCCAGAUGGGACCGGGGGAGAAGAAGCCCUAUGAGUGCACUCUCUGCACUAAAACCUUUACUGCUAAACAGAACUACGUCAAACACAUGUUUGUGCACACUGGUGAGUACACUGGCUCCUCCUACCAUUCUGCAUGUGACACUAGUAUAUUGCCAUGAGUGGUUGGGGUUUCAAAUCAUUUCCCUAUACAUUUGCAAACAUAAAAUACACAAACACAAUGAAUAAUUAUUUUAGUUUAGAUGUAGCAAUGGAUUUUUAUUUAACUAUGCUGAGACCAAGGUCUCUUUCACAGAUGAGCCCUGUAUACACCUCAAUGUACACUAUAUACAUCAAUAUACACAUAGCUAUACACUAUACAAAUCAAUAUACACAUCACUAUACACUAUACACAUCAAUAUAUACAUUAACAUACACUAUGGUCCUCUGUAGCUCAGCUGGUAGAGCACGGCGCUUGUAACGCCAAGGUAGUGGGUUCGAUCCCCGGGACCACCCAUACACAAAAAUGUAUGCACGCAUGACUGUAAGUCGCUUUGGAUAAAAGCGUCUGCUAAAUGGCAUAUUAUUAUUUAUUAUUAUUACUAUACACAUCAAUAUACACAUCAAUGCACACUAAUAUACACUAUACACAUCAAUAUACACAUCAAUAUACACUAUACACAUCAAUAUACACUAUACACAUCCCUAUACCCAUCAAUAUACAAUAUACACAUCAAUAUACACUAUACACAUCAAUAUACGCUAUACACAUCAUUAUACACUAUACACAUCAAUACACACAUCAGUAUACACUAUACACAUCAAUAUACACAUCAAUAUACACUAUACACAUCAAUAUACACAUUAAUAUACACUAUACACAUCAAUAUACAAACCAAUAUACACUAUACACAUCACUAUACACUAUACACAUCAAUACACACAUCAAUAUACACAAUACACAUCAAUACACACAUCAAUAUACACUAUACACAUCACUAUACACAUAAAUAUACCCAUCAAUAUACAUAAGGGAUAAUCAAUGAGGGGCUAUGCGUUCUAUGGAAAAUCUUUUUUUCUUAAAUCUGCAUUGUUGGUUAAGGGCUUGUAAGUAAGCAUUUCACUGUAAGGUCUACACCUGUUGUAUUUGGCGCAUGUGGCAAAUAAAAUUGGAUUUGAUUUGGAAUGAAUGAGGUGGAAGGUGUGUUCCACGACACGCUAGCGGACUGGAACUGACCUUCCACAGAGUUGCUUUAUUUUCCAGAGAACGCAUAGCUCCUCUUUGAUUAUCUCUUUUAACACAUUUGCCACUAGAAAUGAGUUAAUUUGCCUGUAGACAGGUGUUCAACAUCCACUGAAGUAGCUAGCAAGUUUACUAGAUAGCUACAGUAGUUGCUGUGGUAACCAAACAAACAGACGUGUAGCUUGCUAUUAUGAAAAUCGAAUUCAACAAUACCAAUACUAUUUUCAAUUGGACUUUGGCUUUCAAAAGCAGCUAAAACAAAACAUGUAAAAAUGAACUAAGGCACCUCUGGGGUUUCUGGUAUAUGGCCAAUAUACCACUGCAAAGAGGUGUUCUUAGGCACGACGCAACUCUGAGUAGAUUGGCCAUAUACCACACCCCCUCAGGCCUUAUUGCUUAAAUAUACACUAUACACAUCAAUAUACACUAUACACAUCACUAUACACAUAAAUAUACACAUCACUAUACACUAUACACUAUACACAUCACUGUACACAUCAAUAUACACUAUAAACAUCACAAUACACAUCAGUAUACACAUAAAUAUACACUAUACACAUCACUAUACACAUCAUUAUACACUAUACACAUCAAUAUACACAACAAUAUUCACAUCUAUACAUGAAAAGCAUCAACGCAAUCAUAGAAAACAAACAGAUCUUCAGUACAAAGGUCCUCAAUCAGCCUUUUGAAUUGCCUCCUAAUAAAUGUGUAUUUUGUUUAGUUGCUUGACGUAUAUAGGCUAUUUCUUGAUGGAUGGAUGGAUGGCUAACUAUAAACUAUUUUACUACCAUAAUGAACAUUACACAGGUAUAUAUCUGUUUUCUGUUUAUGAAAGAAGUAGUGAUUUCAGGGAUUGACAUUAAGGGUUGUCUUACUGGCCAGGCAAGUGAACUUUCUGGUUCCUUCCCUUAUGGAAUUAAUGGCAGUCGGGCAAGUUGCGCCUUCUCUGUGGUUUCCCAAUUGGUCAGGUGAAAACAACCAAACUGUCCAGUAGCCUAAAAUGUAUAUUUUUAGUUCCUCCCAAUUGUUUAAGUGAAAGAGAGACAAUCUAUGGCACUUCAUGGCCCUAGCUGUUUGCAUACAGACAUUUCAUAAAUUGUCUUUCACUUAAACCACGUGUCAAACUCAUUCCACGGAGGGCCAAGUGUCUGCGGGUUUUCACUUCUCCCUUGUACUUAAAGUCACUAAUUAGUAAAUAUCUCCCCUCACCUGGUUGUCUAGGUCUUAAUUGAAAGGAAAAAGCAAAAACCCGCUGACACUCGGCCCUCAGUGGAGUUUGACACCCCUGACUUAAACAAUGGGGAGGAACCAGAAAUAUCAGUUUUAAGUUACCUUAAUGUCAAUCCCUGAUUUUGAUUCAGCUGAGUUAUACCAAUUAGUUAUAAGGCUCUGUCACAUUGAAAAGUGAACUGUGGCUACCUGCAUCAUAUAGCUGAUAAUAUGUUUUUGAUUAAUAUAGUGGGUGAUAUGUAAUGCCCUGUAUGGUUGCCAAUUAAGCUUGUUCUAUACGAUACCACACAUUGAUUAGGUACUAUUUGUAAUUUAGAGUUUUAUCAGUGGGUGGUUGGUGCAUAAAUAUUAAACGUAAAAAGAGAGAUGGCAACACCAAGCAGGAUGUUGAUUAGUUUAGAAUAUAUAUCCAAACUGAGAUUUGUGUUUUUUGGAUGUUGGAAGAGGUUCUAAUGUGACCUUAAUUCAUAAUUGGGCUCUACAUGUCCCGGUUAAGAGCAGAAUGAAAGAGCAAUGAAUAUUGGCACAUAGUAUUGUUUUUGAUUAGUUUAGAAAAUAUGUUCAAACUGAGAUUUGUAUUUGUAUUUAUUAUGGAUCCCCAUUAGCUGCUGCCAGGGCAGAAGCUACUCUUCUUGGGGUCCAGCAAAAUUAAGGCAGUUAUACAUUUUAAAAACAUUACAAUACAUUCAUAACAGAUUUCACAACAGAUUAAGUGUGUGCCCUCGGGCCUCUACUCUACUACCACAUAUCUAUAACCCAAAAUCCAUGUGUACAUGUAUGUACAGUGAGGGAAAAAAGUAUUUUAUCCCCUGCUGAUUUUGUACGUUUGCCCACUGACAAAGAAAUUAUCAGGCUAUAAUUUUAAUGGUAGGUUUAUUUGAACAGUGAGAGACAGAAUAACAAACAAAAAAUCCAGAAAAACGCAUGUCAAAAAUGUUAUACAUUUGCAUUUUAAUGAGGGAAAUAAGUAUUUGACCCCUCUGCAAAACGUGACUUAGUACUUGGUGGCAAAACCCUUGUUGGCAAUCACAGAGGUCAGACAUUUCUUGUAGUUGGCCACCAGGUUUGCACACAUCUCAGGAGGGAUUUUGUGCCACUCCUCUUUGCAGAUCUUCUCUAAGUCAUUAAGGUUUCGAGGCUGACGUUUGGCAACUUGAACCUUCAGCUCCCUCCACAGAUUUUCUAUGGGAUUAAGGUCUGGAGACUGGCUAGGCCACUCCAGGACCUUAAUGUGCUUCUUCUUGAGCCACUCCUUUGUUGCCUUGGCCGUGUGUUUUGGGUCAUUGUCAUGCUGGAAUACCCAUCCACGACCCAUUUUCAAUGCCCUGGCUGAGGGAAGGAGGUUCUCACCAAGAUUUGACGGUACAUGGCCCCGUCCAUCGUCCCUUUGAUGCAGUGAAGUUGUCCUGUCCCCUUAGCAGAAAAACACCCCCAAAGCAUAAUGUUUCCACCUCCAUGUUUGACGGUGGGGAUGGUGUUCUUGGGGUCAUAGGCAGCAUUCCUCCUCCUCCAAACACAGCAAGUUGAGUUGAUGCCAAAGAGCUCGAUUUUGGUCUCAUCUGACCACAACACUUUCACCCUGUUCUCCUCUGAAUCAUUCAGAUGUUCAUUGGCAACUUCAGACGGGCCUGUAUAUGUGCUUUCUUGAGCAGGGGGACCUUGCGGGCGCUGCAGGAUUUCAGUCCUUCACGGCGUAGUGUGUUACCAAUUGUUUUCUUGGUGACUAUGGUCCCAGCUGCCUUGAGAUCAUUGACAAGAUCCUCCCGUGUAGUUCUGAGCUGAUUCCUCACCGUUCUCAUGAUCAUUGCAACUCCACGAGGUGAGAUCUUGCAUGGAGCCCCAGGCCAAGGGAGAUUGACAGUUAUUUUGUGUUUCUUCCAUUUGCGAAUAAUCGCACCAACUGUUGUCACCUUCUCACCAAGCUGCUUGGCGAUGGUCUUGUAGCCCAUUCCAGCCUUGUGUAGGUCUACAAUCUUGUCCCUGACAUCCUUGGAGAGCUCUUUGGUCUUGGCCAUGGUGGAGAAUUUGGAAUCUGAUUGAUUGAUUGCUUCUGUGGACAGGUGUCUUUUAUACAGGUAACAAGCUGAGAUUAGGAGCACUCCCUUUAAGAGUGUGCUCCUAAUCUCAGCUCGUUACCUGUAUAAAAGACACCUGGGAGCCAGAAAUCUUUCUGAUUGAGAGGGGGUCAAAUACUUAUUUCCCUCAUUAAAAUGCAAAUUAAAUUUAUAAAAUUUUUGACAUGCGUUUUUCUGGAUUUUUUUGUUGUUAUUCUGUGUCUCACUGUUCAAAUAAACCUACCAUUAAAAUUAUAGACUGAUCAUUUCUUUGUCAGUGGGCAAACGUACAAAAUCAGCAGGGGAUCAAAUACUUUUUUCCCUCACUGUAUGUUAUCAUGUGUUUGUAUGCAUGUGUCUAUGUUGGUGUUGCUUCACAAUCCCUGCUGUUCCAUAAGGUGUAUUCUUAUCUGGCAUGAGUUACCUGAUGUGGAAUAGAGUUCCAUGUAGUCAUGGCUCUAUGUAGUACUGUGCGCCUCCAAUAGUCUGUUCUUGACUUGGGGACUGUGAAGAGACUGAUAAUAUGUUCAUGAGUAAGAGGGAAAUAUUGGUGCCUAUUCAAAUGUAAAGAAUCAGACACUGGAGGAUGAGCGUGCCCAUCAACAAUGGCUGCUUGGCAGUGAGUUCAUGGACUGAGGUGUUGGGUUUAAUGUUGUUUUGUGAUCGGCACCGUCCUCGUUAAUUAGCAAAAAUCAUGCAACAUUUUCAAGGCUACAUUGGAAGAAUAGAGUUUCACUGUCAGUCACAGUGUCCUUUGUUGUUUUGCAGGGUUUUGUGUUUUCCUGUCUCUCCUUUUUCCUCCUAAUGACUGUGACUUCUGUGUACAUCCAGGUGAGAAACCACAUCAGUGCAGCAUCUGCUGGCGCUCGUUCUCCCUGAAGGAUUACCUAAUCAAACACAUGGUCACUCACACAGGGGUACGUGCCUACCAGUGCAGCAUCUGUAACAAACGCUUUACACAAAAGAGCUCCCUCAACGUCCACAUGCGGCUGCACCGUGGAGAGAAGUCCUACGAGUGCUACAUCUGCAAGAAGAAGUUCUCUCACAAGACCCUGCUAGAGAGGCACAUGGCUCUGCACAGCACAGGGGGCGCCGUCACGGGGCUGUCUGGGUCAGCAGGCACCGGUGGCCCCGUCUCCAUUCCCAUGGCCGUGCCCGAACCUGGCGCUGGAGUGGUGGCCCUCGCCAUGCACGUCGGUGGAGGCGCAGGAGUAGGGGGUGGGGUCGGACCGGGAGUGGGUGUGGCUGCGGAGGCAAGCUGCCAAGAAAGGACCACCUACGUGUGCUCCGUCUGCCCUGCCAAGUUCGACCAAAUUGAGCACUUCAAUGACCACAUGCGAAUGCAUGUCUCCGAUGGAUAA